CAGGCAGGGAGCAGGCAGGGGGAGCAGGCAGGGAGCAGGCAGGGAGCAGGCAGGGAGCAGGCAGCAGGUGAAGCCGCCUCCUGGUCCGGCACAGCCGGGUGGGAGCUACCGGAGCCACCAUGGGCCGGGGGGGAGCCCUAGGAACCGGCUUAUAAAGGGGGACACCCCCUUCCCUUCGCUGACGUCCCUCGCUUAAAAAGACGGGAGGGAAAGGGAAGAAAAAAAAAAAGGCAAGGCAAAGCCCACCCAAACCCUCUCCGAAUCCCCGGCACGGCGAAGGCGGGCGGCACCGGCUGGAAAAUGCAUCUCCCUCGGAGCUGCGUCGUCCUCCUCAUCCAGGGGAGCAUCUCUCUGCUGGUGAUCUGUGGCCAAGAAGAACCAGGGACAGGCGCAGAGCAACGUGAACCCAAGACCCAGGAGAGAGCUCAAGUGCAGAAGACGAGAGGGCUGCUCUCUCCAAAGUCCCUGUUAACUCCAACCUUACUGCAGAACAUGACCCUCCUGGAGCUGGUGAGCAGCUCGCAGGAGUUAUGGGAUAUCCUGGACAACCUGUCCGAGCAGGACCACGCUCCACACCCCAGAGGACAGAGGGAUUUGGGGCCACCUUCAGGCAAGCUUAAAAAAAUUUUUGGCUGGGGAGAUUUCUAUUCCAACAUCAAGACAGUGAAGUUGAACCUCCUGAUCACCGGGAAGGUGGUUGAUCACGGCAACGGCACAGUCAACGUCUUCUUCCGACACAACUCAACUGGGCAAGGGAACAUCUCCGUCAGCCUCGUCCCCCCCACCAAGGCAGUGGAGUUCGACCUGGAGCAACAGAUCUUCAUCGAGGCCAAAGAAUCCAAAAUCUUCAACUGCCGCGUGGAGUACGAGAAAGUGGAUCGUGCCAAGAAGACCACGCUCUGCACUUAUGAUCCCUCUAAGACCUGCUACCACGAGCACACCCAAAGUCACGUCUCCUGGGUCUGCUCGAAGCCCUUCAAAGUCAUCUGCAUCUACAUCACCUUCUACAGCAUAGACUACAGGCUGGUGCAGAAAGUGUGUCCUGACUACAACUACCACAGCGACGUACCCUACUACCCCUCGGGAUGACGAGCUCUGCCCAUCGCAGGAUGCCCCGGUGACGAGCGGGUGCUGGGGGGGCGGGGGGGAGGGACGGGGACGGUUUUGUAAGCGGGGGCGGGAGCGCGGCGGUCCCUAGAAACCAGAAGCAAGGAAGGAAGAGGAGGAUUAUUCCAUUUUCCCCAAAAGCUCCGAUGUCAAGAGGAGGAAUUGUAGGCUAUGGGGUACCAGCAUCGCUAAACCUGGCCUGGAUCCGUGGUCUUUGGAGACUGGUACGAGGAGGCAGGGUCUGAAUCUGGGAUCCAGAAAACAGGACACAAAGCCACAACCAGGACUGGGGUUUCUCAGCGCAAUAAUGGCUUUGCCUGGAUCUGGGCCACAUGGUCCAAAAAGGUUGGUGACCCGGCAAAGAGGGCUCCAGAAGCAGGAUUACACAGCCUGGAGCCCGGGGAAGACCACGGGGUGGGCGGAAAAAGGCACCUGAUGCCCUCCAUGGGCAUAAGAGUCCAUGGGCAGCCACAUCGCCUCCCCCGCGUCCAAGUUCUGCAGCGGUGGGAGCUGGAGCUGGGUUUUCCCACUUCGGGAAGCAAAGGGCUACCGGGACGGAAAGGGGGAGCCGGGAUGGGUGGGAGGGACCUUCCCGGGGUAGUCACCCCACCACGGCUCACACCGGGCACGGGGGGUUUUGGGGACUUGAAACUGUGGAUCCGCAGGUAGAGAAAUCCUGGUGGAAUCUGUCCAAUCUGCUGACACAAUAUAUGAUUCAUGUGUUUCCCCUGACACGCUGUGAUUCAUGCGUUUCCCCUCCAUCUCCUCCGUGCUUCGUCGCACUGCCGGCUCCCCGGCGCCCGCCCCCCCCAGCCGCAUUCAGCUCCGAGCGCUGCCGUUCCUCGGUGCAAAGGUGCGUGCCCAUGUCCGUACAUGUGUGUGAAGUGCAGCUCUGACUGUAGCAUUCAAUUUACUUUGAAGGGAAAAAAACCCAAGCAAACCUAAAACCAAACCAAAACCACAACAAUGCUGUCCUUGGGAGAGAGAAUAAAAGUUCUCACGGUG